CUUUUGCUAUAAAAUUCGGAGAAGGCUUCACAGCGACACGGCGACGCCACGAGAUGAGAGAGACAGCGGGAGACAAGCCGUGGAUUAUACCCCAUUGAUAGCCUCCAACUCUUUCCCAGGACCGGGAAACUUGGAGCCCAAGGCCGGCAUGAGGACAUGACCUUUUUUUAUCCCCUGUUUGCCGGAGAUAGCGUUCCUUUUCUACAUUCUCACGACAUGAUUGACGACUUAUUACGACGACGCCAUUUAGACAACGUUCGACCUUUUGACGAGUAUUUCGACCAGACCGGCCACAACCAACUAUGGCCUCCACCCGGCUUUGGAGGCAUGGUUGGCCUGGGGCUUUCUUGUUAUUUUUCUUUCUCUCUUUCCUACUUCUAUUUCGCGAAAGACUUUGAUCGCCCGGGCUUUUUUUUCUUCCACUUCACAUCCACGGAACUUGCUGGGUUACACAGAACCAGCCAGAUAUGGGGCGGGCAUCUCUCCAGAAUCCGAGUCGGAAGUCCCAGGGGCAACCCUGGGUUUGGCCCGUUGGCAAAGGAUGAUGGACUGAGGCGGCUGGGCCAGCUUUACGUUGGACGGCAUCCACACCGUGAGGCAGCGAGACACACCCGGCAUCCGCCGGUGUGUUGGCGACGGGAGCACGCUUUUUUCUGCAUUCUUCUUGGCGCUUUAUGCCGCAUUUCAGAAGGGGCGGGUGUAGUUGGGAGGAUUUUCUACUCGUGCUGGGGUUGCCUCGCUUCGAGAGCGCCCGCGCGGGAAGCGAGAAAAUGGGGGCCGGGAGGCGGACCUUGGUUUCGUUGUCCCCAACACAGGGGGAGAUUUUAUGAAUGACGAAUGACGACACGACGACUAUGAUGACGAUUACGUCCUACAGAGGCAGCGGUGGCUUUCAAAAUACAUUGGAAGAGGGGCGCCAUCCCAUGACCUGCAUUUUUGGACUCGCUCUAAGAUUGU